UUAUUGUCGCGUCUACUUUGUAGCAAGGCUUGUUAGGAUGUUAAAUCAAAAUUGUUGCUCCUUUGCAAAAAUCGAUGAUGGUCAGAUUAGCAAUAAUGGUGAAAAAUGUGGCCUUUAUUACAAAAAUUUGCUUGAAUUAAUUCAUCAUAUAGAGGAAGAGCAUAUUCCAUUAAUUGAAAAUGCCAAAAUUGCUGAGCGAAAGCGACUCCGUGAACAAUUUGUUGAUGACCCUGAGCAAUACGAAAAGGCUUACAAUGCCUCUCUUAACCAACCUGUACCUCUUUCACUUGUUUGCAGGUAUAUAAUUUAAUUUUGUAUUUUAUUGUGUUUAUUCUAAUAAGGAUGCUUAAGGGUUUUAAUUUUUGUGCAUUUAUGCAGUUUACCUCCCCUAAAUUCAAGUAGU